GGUUUUGUUGAGUUUGGCCGAUGAAAGAGGCAGCAGAAAUCUUCUCCUCCUCCAUUUCAUAAUCAGUUACUAUUAAAUUAGCUGAAGAGAAAUGGCAGGAAGAGGGAACGAAUGGAUCAAUGGGUACUUGGAAGCGAUCCUGGAUGCGGGGAAUAAGAGGGAUGAUGGGAAGUUGAAGAAUGGGAAAUUCCAAGAGCCGACGACGCAACAGCAGCAGCUCCUGAAGGCAGAAAAGCCGUUUAGUCCGACCAGGUACUUCGUGGAAGAAGUGAUUAACGGCUUCGAUGAAUCCGACCUCCAUAGGACGUGGGUUAAGGUAAUAGCGACCAGGAAUAGCCGUGAACGCACCAACAGGCUCGAGAAUAUGUGCUGGCGCAUUUGGCACCUUGCCCGCAAAAAGAAACAGAUAGCAUGGGAUGAUGCGCGAAGGUUAGCAAAACGACGACUUGAACGUGAGCAAGGUCGUAAUGAUGCUGCGGAUGACUUGUCGGAGUUGUCCGAAGGCGAGAAAGAGAAGGGUGAUCCCAAUAUUUCAGAACCGAUCAAGGAUCUAUCAAGAAUCAACUCCGACAUGCAAAUUUGGUUUGAUGAUAAUGACAGGCAGUCUAAACAUCUCUACAUUGUCUUAAUCAGCAUGCAUGGGCUGCUCCGCGGUGAAAACAUGGAGCUCGGAAGGGAUUCUGAUACGGGUGGGCAGGUGAAAUAUGUGGUUGAACUUGCUCGAGCUUUAGCGAACACCAAAGGGGGAUCGGUGGAUCUGCUGACUAGACAAAUCACCUCAUCCGAAGUAGAUUCAAGCUAUGGUGAGCCUAUAGAGAUGUUGUCAUGCCCUUCCGAUGCUACUGGAAGUUGUGGAGCCUAUAUUAUCCGCAUCCCUUGCGGUCCUUGUGAAAAGUACAUAGCCAAAGAGUCUCUUUGGCCUCAUAUUCCUGAAUUUGUUGAUGGGGCUCUAAACCACAUAGUGAAUAUGGCGAGGGCUCUGGGUGACCAACUCAACGGGGGGAAACCUGCAUGGCCUUACGUGAUUCAUGGCCAUUAUGCUGAUGCUGGAGAGGUGGCAGCCCACUUGUCCGGGGCCUUAAACGUGCCUAUGGUUUUAACAGGCCACUCACUUGGCCGGAACAAGUUUGAGCAGCUGCUUAAACAAGGCAGGCUGUCUAAGGAAGCCAUAAAUGCCACAUACAAGAUAAUAAGGAGGAUUGAGGGUGAAGAGUUGGGGCUGGAUGCUGCUGAAAUGGUGGUCACCAGCACAAGGCAAGAGAUAGAAGAGCAAUGGGGAUUAUAUGAUGGCUUUGAUCUUAAGUUAGAAAGGAAGCUUCGAGUUAGGAGACGGCGUGGAGUGAGUUGCCUCGGGCGUUACAUGCCAAGGAUGGUGGUCAUACCUCCAGGCAUGGACUUCAGCUAUGUUACAACACAAGAUUCAUUGGAAAAUGAUAGCGACCUCAAGUCAUUGCUUGGAUCCAACGACAGAGUUCAAAACAAAGGACAUCUACCUCAAAUAUGGUCUGAGCAGAUGCGGUUUUUCACAAAUCCUCACACAACCAUACUUGCAUUGUCUCGUCCAGACCCCAAGAAAAUGUUACUCAUUACUCAAGGUUUUGGAGAGUGUCAGCCCCUCAGAGAAUUGGCCAACCUGACAUUGAUACUUGGAAACAGAGAUAUUGAGGACAUGUCCAACAGCAGCUCAGUUGUGACUACUGUACUAAAGCUCAUAGAUAGUUAUGACCUAUAUGGUCAAGUGGCCUAUCCCAAGCAUCACAAACAAUCACAAGUUCCUGAUUACCGCUUAGCUGCCAAGACCAAGGGAGUUUUCAUCAACCCAGCUCUGGUGGCAUUUGGUCUUACUGUCAUUGAGGCAGCAGCUUAUGGUCUACCUGUUGUUGCCACCAAAAAUGGUGGGCCAGUGGAUAUCUGAAGGUAAGAUGUACUUAACAAUGGCCUCCUUGUUGACCCACAUGAUCAAAAAGCCAUAGCAGAUGCCCUCCUCAAGCUUCUUGCUGACAAGUACCUAUGGGCUGAGUGCCGAAAAAAUGGCCUGAGAAACAUACACCGCUUUUCAUGGACAGAACACUGUCGUAACGACCUCUCACAUGUUGAACAUUGCAGGAAUCGCCACCCGACUAGCCGUCUUGAGAUCAUGAAAAUUCUUGAAGAACCAAUGAGUGACUCUUUAAGGGAUGUGGAAGAAUCUCUUAGAUUUUCCAUAGAGGGAGAUAUCAAACUCAAUGGAGAGGUCGAUGCAGCAGCCAGACAGAAGAAAAUCAUUGAAGAUACUCAAAUGGCUUCUUCCAAUAGCAACACCAGCAUUGUCUACAGUCCGGGUAGAAGACAGAUGUUAUGUGCAAUAGCAGUUGAUUGCUAUGACAAUAAUGGAGAAAUUACAGAGACCUUCCCAGCAAUAAUCAUGAACGUAAUGAAAGAUGUGGGCUUAUGUGUUGGCAUAGGAAAGGUAGGCUUGUUGCUAACCGGGUCAAGUUUGGGAGAGACUAUGCAAGCAUUGAGUUCUAGUUCAGUAAUAUUGAAAUUUUGAUGCUUGGUCUGUAAUAGCGGAAGAAUGUACUAUCCGUGGAGGGAUAUGGUGGCAGAUACAGACUAUGAAGCUCACAUGGCGUACAGAUGGCCAGGUGAAAAUGUUAGGUCAAUGGCAAUGAGGCUUGCUAAGAUGGAAGAUGGAGUAGAAGACAUCACCGAGUAUGUAGCUGCACGUAGCUCCAGAUGCUACUCUUAUAGCAUCAAACCUGGUACAAAGCCUCAAAGAAUAGAUGACCUUCGCCAGAGGCUUCGGAUGAGAGGCUUCCGAUAUCUUGUCUACUCACGUGCGGCAUCAAGGUUAAAUGUGGUGCCCUUAUUUGCAUCAAGAAUGCAAGCACUCAGGUAUCUUUCGAUAAGGUGGGGAAUUGAUCUUUCGAAAUUGGUCUUAUGUGGGGAGCGAGGGGAUACCGACUAUGAGGACCUGCUAGGUGGCCUAAACAAGACCAUAGUUUUGAAAGGUACCGUUGCACACGGCAGUGAGAAGCUCCUUUGCAGUGAAGACAAUUUCAAAAUAGAAGAUGCAGUACCCCAAGGCAACCCUAACAUCAACUCUUUAGAGACCAGUGAAGGCCAUAAUAUAGCAGGAGCUUUGGACACUCUUGGGAUAAAUAAUUCUCUCAUUUUUAUGGUUCUUAGAGCAUAAACUUCUAUAGUUAACCCACUAGCAAGUUGCAGCUAAUACAUAUCAAAGCAUAUACAUCAAUCAGCAAUAUCUAAAAAUAAUACACAUAAAUUUAUAAGAAAUUGAUGCAAAAUGAAAUAUUGUUUUAUAAUGUAAACCUAGCGUUUUAU